CGAUCCCAGAUCCAGGAGGCAAGGCGAGCAAAGACACGGCCCACGGGAAAAGAGCUGGAACCUUUACACUUCCCUUCGUUCUUCGUGAAUCGCGACAUCCGUCUCUCACUUCUGAAGGAUCCUCUCUCUCUUUGUGUGCGCUCUCUUCACUUCUCUUCUCUUCUCUCUUCUCACCUCUUCCCUCCUCUCCAGCCCCCCUCUUCAUCCUUCAAUCUCUCAGAUCCAGUGACGAUCCACAGCGGGAUCCGGCGCAGUCAUUGGUGUUGCGACUACUUGUUGUCACUCGUUAGCUUCCAUUGUCAACUUAGCCAACCGUCCCCCGAACCACUCUCUCUGCCUUAUAUCCAUUCUCGCUCUCAGCAACCCAGACAAUCGAUGCGCCCACCCAUGAUUACCGCGAUAGAUGCCUGGUGAGCGAAGACGCUGAGCAUUGCCGGAAAACAUGGCUCGGCCUUACCCGACUAUCAAUACCUUCGACACCGCAUCGUCGCAAAUGUCUCCAGCAUCAUCUUCCAGCACUCCUAUAUCCUAUCGGGCGAAUGUAAAUAGACAGAAGACCAAGAAAUGGGCCGAGGCGAAGCCCGCUGACUAUGGUGGUGAUGAUUGGGGUGACGACGAUGACUUCGACCUACCGCCGCUCCCAGUAUCGAAACCAACCGGGCUGCGACAGCAAGGACAAGCCAUUUAUGGUGGCUCAAAACCAGAGUCUCCGAUAGACAAUAAGAAGAGUUAUGGCGAACUUCCACCCAUUCCAGCCGGCUCAUCUCGACCUCGCGCAAAUUCCUUCGAAGCGGAUGAUGAGAAACGCAACUUCUCCAGUGGACCAUUGCGCCAGCAAUCGCCAGCGCCGUCCACUUCGAACCCUCCCGCAACACGAUUCUCACAAAUAACGGGUGUACCAAGCGUCCGAGAUCCAAGCACCGCAGAGCCAAGUACCCGAGAUCCAAGCAGCGAACCUCCAGUGUUGUCAAUCUCGACCCAGCUACCAACUCGGCCGACUGUUACAACUGGCCUUCGAAAGGCGGUCCCGCCUCCUUCAGGAACCCCACAUCCAGAAAUGUUGCUACCUGGGCGGACCAACUCUGGCGAUGAGAGCUCCAUUGCUUCUCCCACCUCCGAUACGAGAUCUACCUCUAGUGAUUUCCAAACGCGACGAGACUUUUCACCAUCAGCAGUACCCCCUCCAUUGCAACCUCGAUCCUCUCCUGCCCCACAGAAUCCUACGGAGCCGCCAGCCCCGAUAUUCCCAACGCGGAAAAGCAGCCUGAGUCAAUCGGCAGCUCCAAAACUAUCGGAGAUCACCGGGGCGCCUCAACCAUGGGUUAGGAGUCGAUCGUCUUCACCGGGUGCUGCAGCUCCCUCGCCGGCAACACAGGGCAAGCCUCUACCAUUCGUUCGACCUGCAGAUAUAUAUCGGCGAAUGGAGGAACAACGCGAGAAAGAGCGGCAAUCGAUUGACUCUAGUAGACCAAGUAUGGAUUCAAUUCUUGGUGCGAAGCCUAGAGACGCAUCUCCUCCCCUGGAAGAGAAUCAAAACUCCGAUAGUUUUGGUGGAACUAGCAGAUGGAGGACAGGUCUCGAGGCAGAUGAUGCAUCUGACACUGGUCGACUCAAAACAACACUUGAGCCCGUUAAGGAGCGGAAGAGCGAAUACGGGUUUGAAGGAUUCAAUAUGAGCGACCAAGCCCCAUCGCAGACCUCUAAAACCUCGGAUGUUACUGAUGACCACGAUAGACUCGAAGUUGAAGCACAGCGACGACAGUCAACAAGUCCAAAAUUACCGGAUCUGAAUCGUAUAUCUGGUUUUGGAAUGGAUUUUUUCUCUCGAGCAAUACUCGAAGACUCACAAGAGCCCAUAUCACAUUCGUCAGAAACGCCUCUGAAAGAUCCUCCAAAAGAAGAUCCCGUUCCUGCGGAAGAACCCACUCUGCGAAGUCAGCCUUCACUCGGGUUUAGAUCUGUUGUCAACCAGGCCUUUGAUAGGACGAGUGAGUCGUCAGGUCCUGCUGCAUCAGCUUCUCGAACUAGUAGCGGUGUCAGAAGGACAGACAGUGAAAGUACUGGUACUACGGGCAUAAGCCCAAUCAUGAGCAGAGUCUCAAGUACUGCUAUACCUGAGUCCCGAGUUAGAGACACGCAAAACACUCCAAUUAUGGAGGCUGUCAAUGAAAGCUCCGAGGCCCCUGGAUCUUCUCAACAUGUUGAACCUAUUCCUGACUUUAAGCCCGGCCAUCGCCGCGACAUCACUGCCCCUAGUCCAGGAAACAGCCCAGCUCGGUCACCAGACCUUGCCAAGUCCGAGAUCGUUCCUCAGGGUCAGCAGGCUGUCUUGUCAGAGUCUUCUACAUCAGAAAGUCAAGCGGACAAUGAGGAACCUCUACAGCCUCCUAUUCAAGGGCAACAAAGUGAAGAUGAUUACGACGUCACUCCAACUACUACCACUCAUCCUUCGCCACAGUCUUCGUCUGAGGCAGCUGUAGUUGGUGCUUCUCAUAACGAUCUGACUGGAGCUACUGUCGAAGAACGUGAAAAGGACACUCACCUUGGAUCUCGAGAUCUCCAAGAAUCCAGGCCCGCUCCUGCCAGUAAUUCCCUUCCUACACCUGAUCAUGCCAUGGAACCCAGUGGAACCUUUGACCCUCAAUCUCUACCCAAGCUCGAAGAGGUAUCAACGGAGGCCCAGUUGGAGCCUGACACUAGCGACAGAGGUGUUUUCGCAGAUUCAAGUGAAGCGCCACAUCUCGCAACUAAGAAUACACCUAUAAUACAAGAAACCGAUGGUAGCUCUGGGCAUGUUGAGUCUCCCGAUCUCUCAGAACAGGAGAGCCUGCAUCAAGGAGCGGUGGAUGAGCGUCCAGUGCCUUCCGUCAUACCUCAAGUGAUACCCUCUCCUGGCACAGAUACCGAACCGGAUGAUGAGGAAAGUGAUAAACUUCGCAACGAAAUUGUAGAAAGGCUCACUCCUAAGCGUUCAAAUGCUUCGACGCGUGAUGAUUCCAUGUUGUUCGAUCAUUCAUAUGACCAGGUAGCCUCCAAUCAAAGGGAAAGCUCCUCAUAUCUACCAAGCGAAUAUGAUAAUUAUUGGGCUGAUUCGGGCGAAGAGGAGACGCCGGCGCCACUUGUGACAGCUCCUCCACAGGAAGCUGAUGAGGAACCUAUUCCUUCUCAGGCUCCACUGUCUAUUGCAAAGGAUUCUUCAGCCUACAGCGAACCUGGACCUGAACCUGAACCCAUACAACCUCUCAGUACUCGCAGAUCUGAACCGACAUCUCAUGACAUAAGGCCCUCUUUGACUCAACGCUUCUCAUGGGAAGCAAGUGCUGAAGGUGUAUCUGCCUUACCUGAUACGAACAAUGAGCCUGAUACGAAACAUGAGUCGCGUUCAUCGUUGGGUGUGUCGCAUGAGGAUCGAGACAUUGGAGAACUAGAGGAUUCUAAACCGGUGGUUGAACAGAUCGAAUCCGCAGAAAAGAAAGAUCAACCCCAUGCUGAACCUUUGAAGAGUCAGCCAAUUGAUGGCAAUAUUGGAAAAGAUGCAGCGUUAGAAGUAGGCGGUGUCGUCGCGGCUGAAUAUGCACAUCACGCUGGUUCAGAAGGACAGCCUGGGAAACAGGUCCCAUUGGCAGAAGAAAAGGACCCUCAGGUUUCCUCUUAUGCUGUCACGCAAACUCCGCCGCCGUAUGAGCACCCUGCUAAAUUCCCACAGUCGUACUCGUCUCCUACGACAGAGCAACAUUCGAAUCCUUCAGCGCCUUCAGCACAUCGCAAUUCCCUUUCUGCGAUGACUUCGUCACAAGUCGCACCAACAUCUAGAAUUCUGUCAUUCGAAGAAAUCGUAGCAAUGAAGUCGCCUCAUCAGCGAAUUCAGGCAUUUGAGGAAACAAGACACCGAUUCGCGGCAAUGGAUUCUGGCCUGAAUAAUUGGAUGGAGGCACUAAGGGCGCAGUUCCCAGAGCAUGCAAAUGUCACUGCAUCUCUCGCAGGGUCGGGGUUGGGCGUUCCCAGCGGUUCAAGAUCUAAGUUUUCGAAGGCAACCGGGGCUAGCGCCCCAUCAUUACAACAACCAUACUAUCAGCAAUACCUUAAUGCGAGUAAUCCGACAGUAUCAGGGCCUCCACCGUCGAGAUCCGGUCCAAGUAUACCAUCUGGCACCCAACAUGGCCUCUCCUCCGUCGGUGGUAGCAAAUUAUCCACUCAGCAAGUACAGGCGAAGGGGAAGGAAUUCCUUCACACAGCCGGCAUUUUUGGUGGCAAGGCGGGCAAAGCAGGGAAGGGAUUGCUGGCGAAAGGCAAGAAUAAGCUUCGUGGAGCCGGUGGCGGAGACAAGACCCAGACUACCACAAACACAACGGCCACGGUUGAUGGCCGUUCCUCUUUUGGUUCUCCCAUGACCAUUUCGCGUUCUACUGGCCAACCUGAUCCGUCUUCUCAACUCUCGAGAGAAUUCACGCCAAAUCGACCGCCACCGCGUCCACAGCGUCCCCGGACAACUUCAUUGAUUCUGGACACAGAUCAACCACCACUGAUUUACAUGCAACGCGGCGAUUUUAUGAUCGCUUCGGAGACUAUGAGCGGGGCGCUUCCCGUAGAUGAAUCACCCAUUUACCCGCGCAGCCAACCGCCUGCACUACGACGGGAACCAAAUGGAGUCCCAGCCGUCAACGGAUCCGACAUCCGAGAUAACCUGGGCGUCUUGCCCCCGAUUAGCAAGAAUCAGCCAUCUUUGGAUCCAAACAGUGCUACUCCUAUUACCGAACAGGGGUUUCAGUAUGAGGAAUAUCCAAGCCUAGGCUUACAAUCACGUGACAUGCAACCUCCCCUUCCGCCAGACUCACUCCCACCUAGUGAAGCAGCCUCAAGGAGUGAGGACUCCAAGUUUGGAGAUGGUUUGGCUCCUGGUGAAUACGAGAAUCCUUCAGACAAUGAUUGGAUUAUGGUUUCAACUGGGCCAGAGUCACAAAAUGAUUCGCAGCCACCACCACAUCCGCCGACGAAAAAUCCCCCAUCCAAGCCAAAACCAGAAGCUAUAAGUCCUGGGGAGGCGCGUCCAAUAAGCUCUGAAUCGAACACCCAAAAUCGAGAUCGUGCUGAUUCCUACACGAGCGUACUGGAUCGGCCACGUGGUAGCUACGACUUUCCCAGACCAGCACCAGCACCGCCUCCCAUUACUCGACCGAAAUCCCCUCCGGCUGUAUAUUUUCCUUCUCUUAUAGAUUCCUCAGAUCAGGAAGAUAGCGUGCAGCAGACCGAGUCGGAAGACGACAACAGCACUUCUUCUUUCAAAGGCCUACCACCCAUUCGCCGCGUCUCGAAACUUGGGUUCGACUACAGCCCAGGUCGUUCGAAAACACGAUUCCCGGUUAAUAACGAUGAGGAGGUGGAGGAGGAGGAUGAUGAUGAAUUCCAUACUCCAACACAAGAACACGAUUAUGGAGAACGAGAGGAUGAAAUAGAUGCAGUCUCUGCCGCUUCCGCAACUGCUGGUCUAGCACAUCCUGAGGCCGAUAGGGAUACACCACAGUCCAAUCCCGCACACUCCCGACAGCAGUCUCAGACUUCACAAGCCAGCAUACAGGAUUCAACUGGGCCAAAUAUAGCUUUCACGGGUUCCUCUCGACACAGCCAGGAGACUAUUCAGCAACGACUUCCUAAUGAGGAUGCCUUUUCGAGAUCACCAGAUCCCUGGCGGGCGAGCUUAAUUACACCGCCUUCACACGCAUCUCCGGGUAAAUUGAGCGAUAUAACGAUCUCGCCUCAACGUUUCUCCUAUGAAGAGCCCGGUGCUCGUACACCUCUGUAUAACAAACCCAUGUCCAGACCUGUUUGGGGUCAGUCACAACCUCCAUCAUCUGCUCAAAAGUAUCCUGGACUCUUUCGACCUGAGCAACCUGCAUUCGAGGUGCCUCGGGGAGGCGGUGAUAUUCCUUCCCCUUAUUACCAAACUAAUACUCCUCGUGAACCCAAUCUCCCGCCAAGCCAGCAAACUGAUGAAUAUCAACUGCCAAGCCUUAAUCCCUCAAUGGAGAUGGGCAAUUCGAUAUCUCACGAGGGGGCCUCUUUCGAGAGAGCAACCGACUCUCCCCACGGUUAUGAUGAUGCAGACUCCUUGGCUACAUCUGAGGAAACAAAGGGCCAGAGGAAACAACGAAACAGCUUCUUCGGUGGAUUCAAUCGUGCUUCGACUGGUGUAUAUGGCUAUUCACGAAACCGGGACAGCAUGGUAGCUCACCCCGCUGGAUCACAGAUGGAUCUCGCGCUUUCACCACACUCGCCACCAGGGACCCCUCUUGAACGAAGACGAUCGCUCUUCGGACAUCCAUCUCCGAUUGAGCAGAGGUCGAAAGCAUUCCAGAUCCCCACAGUCUCGACACCUGUAAUCCCCGAAGAGCCUAGCAAGAAAAAGCGAUUCUCCGGGUUGGGGAGCAUGUUCGGGAGGUCUGGCAACCAGACCUCGAAAGGUUCCGCUUCUGGGCGUCCACAGGCAAAGGGGGAGGUGUUCCAUCAUGCGAGACAGCUAAGUGAACCGCCUAUUCAGAGCGCAGCGGCCAUAGAUCAGCCGCGGAAAUUCCUUUCGAGACUGACAACGGGUGGAGAUUCUUCGCAUUCGCGCCAAGACAGCAAAAACUGGAAGAAAAAACUUAAUAAUAGCAGUGAUCCUCCGCAGCCCGUUCGGGGAAACAAAACACGGAAACCCUCCGGAGCGGGUUUGUUGACUGGAAUCAUUGGACGGCGAACAACUCAACCAGAACAGCAUGAUGAGUCGUCUUCACAAGGAACACGUUCGUUGCGAAGCCAGCCGCAGUCUCUUCCUAAGCUGCUGCCACCUCCAAGAACAUACACUGAUAUCGAGGAACACCCAACACCAGUCUUUAAACAAGCUCCGCCAUCCCCUUGGCUACCGCAUAAGAACCAGUCCUUGGAGCAAGACCGUGAGCGCGGACGUCGGACUAGCAGAGAACGUCAAUAUCCCAGCGUUCCUAUUCCAGGCGGUUAUAAACUUGUUCGUGGAGAGGGCGCUAUUCCGGUACCUACAGAGUAUGAUCCCAGAGGUCUAAAUCACCCCCAACAAGUUGAUCCGAUGUACGCUCAUCAGGAUCAAGGGGUCUAUCAGAACCCAGUUUCAUUACUUGGCGGCGCUCAACCUUAUGGCAAGGGGCAGCCGCCAGGACCUCAUCCUUCAACCUUCAUCCCCUCUCAAAUCAGUGGACAAGGCAAUCUGACGCCUAAUUUUGGGACAACCGAAUUGAUUGAAAGCCAGCUGAGUCACUUACCACGUCGUUUGAGCCGUGACGAUAUCCUCGCUCGCUCUCCUGCCCGCUCGCCCGAAGGCCAGCAACGACCCUACGAACUCCGUCUCCCAGGCGAGGAAGAAGAUCGAGAUAUCCGCUCCACACGCAAGAACAAAGAGAUGCCCAUCAUCUCACCCCCUAGCGAUACUCGCCCCAGCGUUCCCAUCUCCGACCCCGAGAAGCCCCCCAACCGGACCAUUCGACGCCUAGCCCAGCCCGUCAUCCGUCACCCGCAGUCUCCCGCCGGCUACCCGCUCCCCGACGACUCGGUCUACUCCCCCGUUGACCCCUCCGCUAAGGAUCUCCCGCCGCCACCGGCCCCAAAAUGGCCCCCGCUCCGCGACGGUACCACUACGCCUUCCGACCUAGCUCGCUCUGACACCCACCAAACGUCGGUGAGCGGCGUCAGCCAGGGAUCCGGCGCCAGCGGUCAGCGCAGUCUGCUCGCCGUCCAAGACGCCCUCGAUCGAGCCAGCCAACGUCCAUCCGCGAGUCCCACCCCUCCUAGUCCGGGCAUCACGCCCCCUCCCGCACGUCCAUCAUCCAUCCAAGCUUCCUCAUCCUCCUCCUCCAACCCCGUUCUUCCCACAACAACCACCACAAGCCCGACCAUCGCGCCCCCUCACCCAAGCCCCGAUCUCUACACGGCCUCGCCCCGUCUCCCCAGAUCCAAACCUCUCUCCCCACCACCAGAGAUCCCAAAUACCGAGAACGGCGCAGCCGAACUCGAAGAUCCAGAAAGCGCAGCACUGCGCGCUCGCACGUGGCAGGAAGAGAAAAUCCCUGCGCAUGCGGAUGGGGACGAGGAUGGCGAGGAGGAGGAACAGGAAGAGGUUAGGAUGAGCGCUACUAGCUAUCCUGGACAGGAAUGGAAUCCUUAUGCUGAGGGCGUUUAUGUGGAGGAUUAUAUUGAUUGAUUAAGUCAGGGGUGUGGGCUUUGAAAUGAAGAAUGAAGGGAGGGAGGGAGAGUUGAGUUUGUUGAUUGUUGUGUGUUGUAUUGUGUUGUAUUGUGAUAAUUAGUUUGUUUGUUUGUCUGUUUGGUUCGUAUGUUUUGUUUGUUUUGUUCUACCUACCUAAGAUACCUUCUUCAUCAUCCAUUCUAUCUAUCUAUCUAUCUACAUAUAUACAUGUAUUCUAGCAGCGUUUUUCUAAUACCCCAAUACCCCAAUACAAUACCCCUAUUUUGCUUCC